AUGGAAGAUCCAUUUUUCGUGGUGAAAGACGAAGUAUUCAAAGCACUGAAUAAAACACGUGGUCUGUACAUUCGCUGGCGCGAACUGAGCGAUGCACAUUCCGGCGGAUCUACCGCUGAGGCCGAUUGGACGACAACUGAACUGAAAAAUUCACUACGCAGCAUCGAAUGGGACUUGGAAGAUUUGGAAGACACGAUUAGUAUUGUAGAAAAAAAUCCAAGCAAAUUUAAAAUCGACAACAGAGAACUUUCCAGCCGACGGCAUUUCAUCGACGCCACCCGGGAUGAGGUGAAAUCGAUGAAAGAUCGCAUGAGCAUCAGCCGCAAUCGUGACCAGGACAUAACCGCUCGUCAGCCCCUGCUUGAUAACGACGUCGAGGCAUCUCCCCAGUGUAACAAGAACUACAUCAACAACAACAGUAUCAUAUCAAACGGUGUCGCAGUGCUGAACGCUACCGGGUGCCCCGUCGGUGGAUUGAACAACAACUCGCUCAGCUGCAACCUAAACAACAACAGCCAAGCUAAUAAUUUAAACCUUGCCGAAACUGGGAAGCAUCUGAUCAGCUCGGCCGGUGCAGCAAUGGCUUCGAGACACAGUGGUGCAAAAUACUCCAAACUGGAGAACAACCUCGACGACAGCCCGAGCCAUUACGUGCCGUCGUCUUCGGGGGGUGCUAUCCUGGACUCAAGUUCGAGUCGUUUCGUUGAGGAUACACUUGCGACGCAACAUCAUAUUCUAGUUGGGCAGGAUGAGCAGUUGGAUAUAAUCAGCGAUUCCAUCGGCACGCUUAAAACCGUUUCUCGUCAGAUCGGCAUCGAAUUGGAUGAGCAAGCUGUAAUGCUGGACGAGUUUGGUAACGAGCUAGAGCAAACCGAUUCUAAGCUGGAUGCUACCAUGAAAAAGGUGGCGAAAGUGCUACAUAUGACCAAUGACCGGCGGCAAUGGACGGCCAUCGUUGUUCUAUCGAUAGCGCUUGUAGUUGUGAUAAUUAUUUAUAUUAUUCUUUAA